AUAGAGAGAUUAACCCUUUGGUUCACUGCGAAUUACCUGCAAGUAAACGCUACUAAAACUCAGGCAAUGACACUGGGGAAAUCUCAGUACCCAUAUAAUCUUUUUAUUGGUGAUAAGUCCAUCGAAAUUGACCCAACUCUCAAUAUUCUUGGCGUUACAUUGGAUCGAGAUUUGUCUUUCAAGGCCCACGUGGCAAUGAUGCUGACAAAAACGUAUGCUAAGAUAGCCGCACUACGGAGGAUUAAGCGCUUAGUUCCUUCGGACGUUAUCAUUUCCCUUUAUAAAGCCUACGUGUUACCGCAUUUAGAAUACUGUUGCCCACUACUUCUGAGCAUAUCUAAAGUCUUGAAAAAUAACAUCGAACGUACCAAUCAUUAUGCGAUCAAGACAAUCCUGAAUUUAGGU